CCCGCAUCGAAGUUCUCCAGCCUCAGGUACAUUCUCAGCACUCUCAGCACUCUCACAACAACAACAACCUACAACGAAAUGUCUACUUACAUCGAGGAUCUUUUCAUCGACGAAGCAGAGAAGCAGUCUGCAGCUCUCAUUGCAUCAUCUGACGCCGCGAUCAAGAAGUGCGAGGCGAAGGCUGAGAGUGUCGAGAAGAAGCUCAAGAAGAUGGAUGCCAGUCUCGAAAAAACCGAAGCCCACCUUGCCGAGUAUAAGGCAAUGCAUCUAUGUCCCUCUAUGUACGCAGCCGCCAAGAAGCUGCCCGAAGCCGAGUUUCAGCUCAGUUGCGUUCGUUACAAGCUUGCUGAGGAGACGAAGGAGAAGGAGAGGCUCAAAGUCAAGUGUCACGAUGCAAACGUGCUUGAGCGUCGCACGAAGAAAGAGAACAAGGAGCUUAAGCAGUCUUUUGAUGAGUUGACUGCUGAGCUCACCGGUGAGGUGAAGGCUAAGGAGACGGACAAGACGAGGACGAUGAUGGAGGAACUUGCUUUGCUGAGAAAUCAGCUAGCCAUCAAGACGGAAGAGAGCAAGAAGAAAGACGAGCAAAUUCUGAACAUGACAGAAGAGAUCAAGAUCUACAAAGAAUCUACGAAGAAGCACGACAAACAGAUGAUGGAGCUGAAGGAAGACAUCGAGUCCUACCAGAAGGCGUCUGAAGAAGGGUAUAUCAAGCGACAUGCGGUAAACGAAGCAUACACUACUGAGCUCGAGGAAGCCCAUGUAGUUGUAACAAAGCAGCGUGAUGCUCUCCAACGCCAGUUUGAUGUAAGUACACCGCCCUCACCAGCCGUGCGUGCUCUGACCCUCACCUACAGGCUGCCCAAGAGGUCCACCAGAAGGAACUUAAGGCCCUACAAGAAGAGGUCAAAGCUCAUCACGAUGAAGGGCAGAUCCUGAGCUCCAAGCAACGCAACCUCGAGUUCGACCACG